AUGGUUCACCUGCGCUUUCUUCUGCAGAAACAUCUCGCUCACGAUUCUAAACUCAAUUUGAUCAUAUUCUUGGUCUUACAGCUAGUAGGUACAGCCCUCUACGUACCCACCUCAGUGCUUGCCUUGCGUGGGCUCCGGAACCAAAUUGCUCCCAAGCAUGUUACACAGACCAAAGCUUCCAAAGAUGUUGAAGAUGGGGCUUCGAAAUGCCCGACCAUUAACCUGACGAAUGAUGGACAUGCGAAGGAAAGAGCUGCGCUCGAAAGCGUAAGAAAACGGCUCGUCAAACAUUCAUGUUUGCUCUACUUGGACACGGUCUUAUAUACCCCGUUAAUCAUCAGCAUGCUGUCUUUCAAAGGAACCACAUUCUUCAAUAAUCCGACUUGGCUGAUCCUAGAACAAAUCGGUUUACAUGUCCACACGGCCAUUAUCGGUAAUAUAAUUUUGACUCUCCUGAUUCAAAACACUUUCUACACCACCAGAUCAACAGAGAUGGUACAGCCUUAUAAUCUUGGUAUGAAUAAGGCAUCCUCUUCUGAGAAUACGUUUGAAAGCGAAAAACAGGGUAAGGAAAGUACGUUGGAAGUGAAGAGUUUAAUUUAA